AUGACGUUAAUUGAUACUGUGAAAGAUCGUAUACAAGAUUUGAGAGAUAACAGAUGGGAUGAGUUAUUAGAAGAGGUUGGCAGCUUUUGUGCUAAAAUGUGUAUUCCAGUAUCCAACAUGAAGGAUAAAAUACCAGUUCGGGAUCAUUCUAGGCGUGAAGAACAAUGGAUUACUUAUUACCAUCAUUACCAUACUGAAGUUUUUAUUGCAGUUCUUGAUUUAAUUGCUAUAGAGAUGAACGGUCGGUUCAGUGAGAUCACUAUAGAGUUUCUAACUUGCAUAUCAUGCCUUCAUCCAAGAGACUCAUUUUCUAGAUUCCAUCAUGGUAAGCUACUUCGCCUUGCUGAGAUUUAUUCUUAUGAUUUUUCUGUACAAGAUCUUCAAGUCUUGAAAGAGCAACUUCACACCUACAUUCAAGAUGUUAGAAGAAGUUCUAAUUUUGUUGAAUGUCAUGAUCUUGCAAGUCUUGCUGUGAAGCUAGUUGAAACUAGAAAGCAUUUGGUUUUUCCAUUAGUUUAUCGCCUUAUUGAAUUGGCUUUAAUCUUACUCGUGGCAACAACAUCAGUUGAAAGAGCUUUCUCAGCAAUGAAUAUUAUCAAAACUGAGUUGUGCAAUAAGAUAGGAGAUGAGUGGUUGAAUGAUAUGAUGAUAUGCUACAUUGAACGACAUGUGUUCGAAACAAUCGAUGAUGAAGCUAUUUUGUUGAGAUUUCAAAAUAUGCAAAGUAGAAGGAUUCAACUCCCACCUCGUAGAGAUAGUCAUUAG